AUGGCCUCCUCGCCCACGCCGACGCCCACGCUCCGCCAGCGCACCCCGGCCACUACCAGGAGCCACUCGGGCCACUCGCACGGCGCCCAUUCGCACUCGCACGGCGGCCUCGACGAGACGGCCCACCUCUCGAGCGCCUUUACCUCGCUCCGCAACCCCUCGCAACUCGACCCGGGCUCGCGCAUCACCCUCGUCGGCCUCGUCGCCAACGUCGGCCUCACCGUCGUCAAAGGCGUCGCCGGUUACGUCCUCGCCAGCUCGGCCCUCCUCGCCGACGCCGCCCACUCGGGCUCCGACCUCGUCGCAGACGUCGUCACCCUCGUCUCGUACCGCAUCGGCCGCUGGGCGCCCUCGCACCGCUACCCGUACGGCUACGGCAAGUUCGAGUCGCUCGGGUCCUUGGUCGUCUCGUUCCUCCUCUUUGCGACGGCCGCCGGCAUCGGUGCGUCUCUGUCUCUCUUCUCUCUCGGACCUCGGAGACUUCCGAGCGACUCGGCCACUGACACCGCGACGGCACCGACGACCGCCUCGCACUCGCACGGCGACGCGGCGUCCCUCGAGGCGGCCGGCGCCAUCGUCGACGCGCGCGCCAUGUACUUUGCCGCCGCGUCCAUCGUCGUCAAGGAGUGGCUGUACCGCUCGACGUUGCGCGUCGCACGCACCCAGCACUCGAACGUGCUCCUCGCCAACGCGUACCACCACCGCUCGGACGCGCUCGGGUCGCUCGUCGCCCUCCUCGCCAUCGGCGCCGCGCGCGUCGGCUUCCCCAUGCUCGACCCGGUCGGCGGCCUCGUCGUCGCCGGCAUGAUCGCCAAGCAGGGCUGGGACGUCGGCAAGGACGCGCUCGGCGCCCUUGUCGACCAGGUCGCCGACGACGAGGUGCAGCCCAAGGUCUACGAGGCCAUCCGCGCCCUCAGCUCGGCGCACGUCGAGCCAUGGAGGGCCGCAGGCGAUGUCGACGCGGCGCAGGGCGUUGCCAACGAGGACAAGACGUCCCUCGCCUCGGCCUCGUCGGCGGCAGGCGCCCUCUCGCCCUCUUCUCCUUCCUCCCCCUCGUCCUCCACCACCGGCACACACCCGAUCCUCGCCAUUCCCUCGGUCCGCAUCUUUGCCUCGGGCCCCUCGCUCCUCAUCGACGUCCUCGUCGUCCUCCCCUCGCACCUGUCGCUCGCCGACGCCAACGCCGUCGAGCGCGCCGUGCGGGAACGCGUGCGCGACGUCGUCGGCCGCGAGCGCGUUCGCGAGGUCGUCGUCCGCCUCAGGGCCGACGGCGAGAGCGGCGAGGCGGCGGUCGAGCUCGCGCACGAGCACGAGCACGAGCAUGCGCACGAGGAACGCGAGGGCAAGGGCGGCAAGGCGCAGUAGCAGCCUAAAAGGGUCGGUAGACCUGCAUCGUCGACUUCUAUCAUUGUC